GUUUGGUCUCGCGGAGGACGGCUCGCUCGGAGGAGGAUUUCUGUAGAAGGAUUUCUCACAAAGAAAAGCACAGGAUGAGCUUAGAGUGCGCUCAGCUGGAAGAUAAUUGAAGAGCCUGCGUCUGCUGGUCCAGAGAAUCCGGAGGAUACACACUUUGCACACACACAUUUUCUGCCUACACCAACCUGAGUGCGAGCGAGGCGGUGCUUGGACCCAGGUCGGCGCGUUAAACAUGGGAGAUCAGACGUCCGUUCAGCCGUUCCUCUUCCUGUUGCUGCUCCUGAUGCUCCUCAGCAGGCUGUCGCAGAUGUGGGCCUUCCCUUUCAGCCCGUCGCUGGACCUGGACGUCACUCCCAGAACAACAGUCUUCUCUAAAGGUAUGUUGGGCACUGCUUGUUUCUCCGGCUCCUCACAGAAUUACAGCACCUUGCUGCUGGAGGAGGACGCCGGGCUGCUGUACGUGGGGGGCAGAGGGGCUCUGUUCGCCCUCAACUCCUCCAACAUCUCCACACCUGCAAACCUCACGAUUGAUUGGGACGCGUCUCUUGAGCAGAAGAAGCAGUGUCUAAACAAAGGCAGAGACAAUCAGACUGAGUGUUACAACCACAUCCGCUUUCUGCAGCGAUACAACGAGACUCACCUGUACGUCUGUGGAACCAACGCCUUCAGACCUCUCUGUGCUUAUAUAGAUGCGGAGCGGUUCAGCUUCACCUCAGGCUUUGAGGAAGGGAGAGACCGGUGUCCGUACGACCCGGCGAAGGGAUACACUGGUCUCCUUGUAGAUGGCGAGAUGUUCACGGCGUCUCAGUACGAGUUCCGCAGCUCCCCCGAUGUGCGCAGAAACUUCCCUUUCCCCACGCUCAGGACGGAGGAAGCGCCCACCCGAUGGCUUCUGGAGGCAGAUUUUGUGGGAUCUGUGCUGCUGAAGGAGAGCAUCAACAGCUCCAUCGGCGACGAUGACAAGAUUUACUUCUUCUUCACCGAGCGGAGCCAGGAGCAGAUUGCCUACCCGAGCCAGACCAAAGUGUCGCGGGUCGCCCGAGUCUGCAAGACGGACUGGGGCGGCCAGAGGACCCUGCAGAGGAAGUGGACCACCUUCCUGAAGGCCAGAAUGGUGUGCUCAGUCCCCGAGUACGAGCUGCAUCUCAAUAUCCUGCGCGACGUGUUCGUCCUGCAGGGGAGAGACGCUCACAGCAGCAUCUUUUACGGAGUUUUUGGUCUGGAAUGGAAGAAUAUCAAAGCAUCUGCUGUGUGCCAGUACGCGUUCUCAGAUGUCCAGAAGGUCUUUGAAGGGCCGUACAUGGAAGUGCAGGACUCGAAGUGGAGGGAGUACACAGGGAAAGUUCCAGAGCCCAGACCGGGAUCUUGCAUCACAGAUCUGCACCGGUCCCACGGCAUCAACUCAUCUCGAGACCUGCCGGACAGCGUCCUCACCUUCGCCAGAAGGCACCCGCUGAUGGCGAGCCAGGUGCACCCGAUCGGCGUGCGCCCGCUCAUGUUCAAGAGGAGCGUCAACUACGUGAAGAUAGCCGUGCACAAGGAGCCGGCGCUCGACGGGAACAUCUACACGGUGCUCUUUCUGGGAACAGAUGACGGAUGGCUGCAUAGAGCCGUGGAGGUUGACGGAGAGAUGCACAUCAUCGAGGAGCUGCAGAUGUUUAAUGAACCGCAGCCCAUUCAGAGCAUGGUCAUAUCCUCCGCUCUGAGGAGCGUCUACGUCGGCUCGCACUCCGGAGUGGUGCAGGUGCCGAUGUCCACCUGUCAGAGGUACACGUCAUGCUACGACUGUGUGUUCGCUCGGGACCCCUUCUGCGCCUGGGACGGGAAGGUGUGUGUGGAAAUCGCUUCGCGUGCACAGAGGUCAAACCUGACCCAGGAUAUCUUCAGAGGGGUCAGAGGCUGUAAGGAGAAUUCAGGAAACGUGGUCCAUCGGAGGCGUGCGGUGAUGUCGGGUGACGACGUGCUGCUCCAGUGCGAACUGCGCUCCAACCUGGCGACCCCGCGCUGGACGCUCAACGGGAAGGAGCUGCAGGGGUACGGCCUCAGUUCGGGCUACCGCGUCGGCACAGACGGCCUGCUCAUCAUCGGCGCCCGCCCCCAGCAGAGCGGCUCCUACCGCUGCUUCGCCGUGGAGAACGCCGUCUCCGUGCUGGUUUAUCUGUACACCGUGAGGGUCCACACCGACCCCUUCUUCCCCGUGGAGCCCACAUCCACCACUGACCCCACCACGGCCUCCAGCCCGACCGCGUUCUCCACCGGCGGCCCGACCGAGCAGCCUUUGCCCUCCCCCCCGGCCCCGGUGCCCGUGGGGCCCGAGUUCCAGACCUACAAGCACAUGGAGGCGGUCUACAUCUCCCUGGUGGCGGUUCUCGGGGGGCUUUGCUUGGUGCUGACUGUGGUGUUGCUGUACAUCAGCUUCUGCUCCAGACAGGCCUCUCAGGAGCGCAAGUUCUCCCAUCAAGGCCUGCAGGUCCUGGGGGCCUCGGAGAGAAAGAGAAGCUCCCACCUGGAACUGAAAACCAUCUCCAGCCACUGCAACGGCCGCCAGGGCCGCCGCUCCAUCUCAGUGCCCACCUUCGGGGACUACGGGGACAGCUUCCUCCAGAUAGUCCCGGGCGAGUGCCAGCUCUCGCCCUGCAAGACGCCUCCGCCGGCGCCCCCCCUUCCCAUGCCGCCGCCGCUGCCCGACAUGGACUACGCCAACGGGAUGUCCGCCACUCUGCCCAGCGUGCUGAGGAAGAUGAACGGGAACAGCUACGUGCUGCUGAGGCAGGCCGACCCCGAGGGCAUGUCGCCGCUAUACCACUCCUUCACAGAGGAGCUCAACAGGAUCCUGGAGAAGAGAAAACACACGCAGCUCGACCUCCAGCCGGACGAGAGCUCCAUCUAAGCAUUGGUCCCCAGGUUAUUUAUUCCUACCCGUAGCUGUGGGGAGAACUGACCGACCGUUGUGUGAUUGGCUGCUGUUAUUUCCCCGGUGUCGCAGUCUGUACCCGAUCUGAAAUGUGAAGCCUCCUGUUUCUCCUCAGACGAACGGUCCCUGGUUUCAUUUCAGUAGAAAACUCUGCAUGGAGACUGUCAUUCAACAAGUGGAGCUGUGAAAAACGUUUCUGUCGCCCUGAUGUGUUACGAAGACGUUUUGGAGGGUCUGAAACGACACGGAGGGAAAACGCUGCAGACCGGUCGUGACGGUGCAUCUUAUGAAGUACGGAGGCGUUGAAGAGGUUCUGGUACCACGUAACGAUGGAUCUCUCCUGAUCUUAAAGUGAUACUCCGUCCAAAAUGGAACUUUUGUUCGGAAAUGAAAUGUUGGAGAGUGUGAGGUAUGUUUCUUUUCCCAUUAUGCAUUAUGAACACCCCCCCCCCCCCUUUUUUUCAAAGACACUAAAUUGUGUAAAGCAUACCAACAAUAAUUUUAACAGGUAUGACAUACUUCCCUUUUAAAUAUGGAUCCCAACAGCAGCCACCAACAAAAUGCUGGACUUCUGUCUUUAAUUUUCUCUGAUCUUAAUCUUUGAACUGCGAUCGUUUAAUGUGUUUUAUCCGGUGUGCUUGUCAAGUCGCUUUAAAGAACAGCUGCAUUUACAUGCUGGUGUUUUUAUGGAGUGUCAGAAUGGAUUCAACCAACAUGAGAAUUAGAAAGCUGUUAGUGAACUGAAGCCGUCGGCAGCAGCAUAAUGAGCCUCUGUCGUGAGGCUGCUGGUGGAAGUUUCAGUGGUUUGAGGAAGAAGGAUGGAUGAGAAAAUUCACAUCUGUGUUACACAGUCUAGAAAAAAAAACAAAUCCCACAUUUUUAUGCUUCGGGGAUAAACUUUGCAGUCAUUAAUGAUUAAAUUAAUGAGGCAUGCUCAUCAUGGGCGCAGCAGCGUUUCAAAUGAGCUGCAUAUCCAUCUUUUCGGUUUUUUUCUUCUCAACAAACAAAAACUCGAUUUUAAAAAAUAAGUGCAUCAGAUGAAUAAUAUUUUUGGUUUUUAACUACUUCGUAAUGAUUUGAACAUGGAGACUUAAUUCACCUUCUCGGGUCAGAAUCUGAAUCCUGCAAAUGUUUUGGAAUUUUUUAAAGAUGAACAACAGCUUAAUGUCGUUUUCAGAUACGAUUCAGACCAAUAAAAACCCUGCAAUAAUCGUGAUGUUCAGAAAAACACAAUUUUUGAUUGGAGUAUCACUUUAAGAUCUUCACACGGUGCAUGAGAGCACAAAGUCAGUCAUUUCACUGUAUUUAUUUAAAACUCCCCUUUCUUCAUUCCCCUCAUGUAAAUAGCAAUAAUUGCCACUGUUGCAGCUGUUAGUUGCUGUGCGUGUUGUGCCGGUGCCAAUGGACAUCCCUCCAGUAAACCACUGUUUUCCUUCUUGAAGCUUUUUUUUUUUUUUUUUUUUUUUUUUUUUUUUUGCCUGGAUGUGAGAUGGGAGAUAAAUCUGUCAGAGAGGAAGCAGGUGUAGCCCAUUAAAGGAGCAGCCAGCGUGAGGUCAGGUUGAUUGAUUUCACCGAUCAGAUUCACAGCUCAGGAGUCUGAGAGGAAACCACAACACUCACUAAAAAUAAGAUGACCGCACGCUUUAAAGGAAAUACUCCAAUUUGCCGUUUUCUAUUUCUACACUUACAUGUAUUUAAGCUUCUUCUUUGUCCCACUGAAGCUCUAUUUUUGGAUGAACAAUGGUUUUUUGUUUCAGACAUCAAGAGAGUAGUGAAAAAGGAUGAAAACAAACAAGAAGAAAGGUGUUUUUAUCUGUCUCCUUAGUGACGGAUGCUGAUUUAGAAGCUGCUUUUGGCCAGUUUCCAGACGAGAGAGGAGGAGACCUUCACAUGUGUCGGCAAUGAAAGCAAACUCACUGGAUUCCUGACAUUAGUGCAAUGGCACAACGACAAGAACUGCAGAGCUUGCAGUGUUUCCAAGGCAAGGUGAUCAGCAGCGGGAUUAAAUAUCAGCGCCGUGAUUGACGAGUGAGUGCACGCAUGACGUGGUUGAGGAGUUACGAUCUGGACGCGUCUUUUCCUGCAGGGCCUUGACUGGGCUAUUGGAGGUGACUUGCACCGGGCAGCGUUUGGCUCGCCGCCACAGCUGAAAGGACAGGAGCUUUCUGCUCAGUCUGCAGCAGGCGCGCUGCAGGUGGAAGCAGCUACAAAACGUUUGACCCGUGUGUCCUGGCCGGCCGUGCAGGAAACAGACGAUGAUACAAAUAGACUGGAAAGAGUUUGCACUUGCAGGUUUUCAGACGUCCUCUCUCGUGGCUUUCACUGAGGAUAUUUUCCAGUCUGUGCAGAGUGAUGGCGAUGGAAAAGCCUCUGUUUGAUCUGCAGAAAUCUAAUUUGCAGUAGGUUUAGUUUUUCUUUUCUGCACAAUAGAUGUCACUUUAUGUAUAUACGACUGUGGGAAACAAAGCGAACAAUGCUGAGGACAAACUGUACCAAAGUGUGGUCGAGUUUUCUCCCUUUGGUACAGUUCAUAGCAUCUCUUUCUGACAUUUCUUCCAUUUAAAGUAUUGUGUUUUUGUUUUAGAAAUAAUAAAACUUUAAAACCCACUUACAGGUUUGCUUUUAUGUGUAUUUGGUUUGCUCCCAUCCGGAGCAGUAAAUUGAAAGUGUUGUCUGCUUGCUAAGAGUCUGUUCAUCCAUAAUUCAUUUAAUAAAAACCUGUUUUUUUCCGUUAAACUUAAAAACUUGUUAGUGAACAUCUUUUUAUGAGUAACUGGAUUGGAAAUAAUGACAUUUAUCAAUCUUGGUUAAUUCUGUGAGGAUCUCCCUCCUGUAUGUGACGCUGUGGUGAGGUGGAUGGCACUGGUUUUUGUUCAGGGUUCAGGGAGUUUACAUGUUAUCCCUGUGAUUUUAUCUGAAUGCUUUCCUCCCACUGUCCAAAAACAUGCCCUUGAGGUUAACUGGGGAGUCUAAAUUGCCCGUAGUGUGAGUGUGAGUGAGUGUGGUUCUCUGGACUGGUGACCUGUAAACGGUGUUUUCCCAUAAUCAGCUGUGAUCUUCUCAAAAGUGACAUUAAAAAAUACAGGUAUCUUCAUCAUCAU